AUGGAGCAUCGCCCUUUCUGCUGUAGCGUGAAAGGCUUUGUGAAGAUGCUGCGGCUGGCACUAACGGCGACAUCUAUGACCUUUUUCAUCAUCACACAGGCCCCCGAACCAUACAUUGUUAUCACUGGAUUUGAAGUCACCAUUAUUUUAUUUUUCAUAAUUUUAUAUAUGCUCAGGCUUGAUCGAAUAAUUACCUUUCUAUUUUGGCCUUUGCUUGAUAUUCUCAACUCACUGGUAGCAGCAAUAUUCAUGAUAAUCAUAUCUGUGUUGGCACUGAUACCAGAAACCACGAAAUAUACGGUCCUUGGAGGGGUGUUCGGCCUCCUGGCGGUGGUGUGCUGCAUCGCGGACGCGGCUCUCAUUUACCGGAAGCUUCUCUUUAACCCAAGCGGUCCCUAUCAGAAAAAAGCUAUUCACGACGAAAUAUAA